GGAUUAAAGUACUCCGCCUUCCGUGAAUUCGUAAAAAUUGUCAAAGCUUCGUCUUCAGCUGGAGCUUUCAAACCUACACUGGUAGACCGGCAGUGGGAUCGAAUUGUCCAUUGACUUCGACUGUCUUUACCUCUCAUUCACAGCCUCCGCCAUGUCUUCCAUAAUGGAGCACAUAGACCAAACCACCAUCCUUUCUCUCCUCGGCGUCGUCGCAAUUCUCCUAUCCUCCUACAUCCUCUCCGUCCGCGUUCUCUCGCCAACAACCCCCUCUUCCCUUCGCAUCCUCUUCAUCUGGCACUUCUUCGAUUUCCUCAUCCACACCAUUUUCGAAGGUUCCUUCCUCUACAACUGUUUUUUUUCUCGCGUCCCCUUCGAUUCGUCAAUUGCUCAUCCGGUUGCUCUCUCUAAUUUCUUGGGCACAAGUGAAUAUGUUUAUGGGGCACAAUAUGCGGAUAACUGGGCGAGUAAACUGUGGAUGGUUUAUGCGCAAGCGGACCGAAGAUGGGCAGGUGCAGAUUUGACAGUGGUCAGUUUGGAGUUGUUGACUGUGCUUGGGGCUGGACCGCUGGCACUUUGGAUUUGUUGGGGGAUUGUGAGGAAGGAUUGGAGAGUCAAUUUUUGGAUGGUGGUGCUUGCUACGGGAGAAUUAUAUGGUGGCUUCAUGACAUUUGCACCAGAAUGGUUAAUCGGCUGUAAGAAUUUGGAUACGAGUAAUUUUAUGUUUAAAUGGGUUUAUUUGGUUUUUUUCAACACGUUGUGGGUUUUCUUACCUAUAUAUGCAAUGUAUGUGGCAUUCUAUGAUAUUGGCAAUGCAAUGAAGUUGAGGAAUGGCGUUAUCAACGCAAAGGUAGAGAUGAUGAAGCGAGAGAAGAAGAAUUGAGGUUAAGGGGUGGGUUGUAUGGGGGAGAAGACAGCGGGAAGUCAGGCGGGUGGGAGACAUCUCAGGAUACUUGGAUUUGAGAGCUAUUCGAGAUAUAGAAUACAUCUUGAAACCAUAUGUUGUAUCUUGAAGAAUAAUAUAAAAUUCAUUUAGACGGGAGUACCUAAGAAUCUGAAUUA